AGUCUUAAGAAAUUCAUAAUGCAAAGUGGAAUCAAAGUUGAUAAUCAUUAUAGUCAGCAGUUUUACACUAUAGAAACCCAAGGAAUUGGGUCGUUACUGCACACCAUAGUACUUUGAAGGACAAAAUGAAUAUAAACAAUUACUACAAUAAAUAUUUCAUACUGUGACAUGUUCCACAUCCUUCGCGUGUGCUAUGAAUGGUACAUGUAACGAAAAUAAAUUCUAUUCUAUUCUUUGUACUAGGGUUAAGAAUGAGUGGAUUUGUACAUUCACUUGCCCAUGUGGCUUUAUGGUAUCAAUGAGUAGAGGAAAUAACCUAAUAACGACAUAAAUUUCAGUUAUCAAGAUGUAUGGAUUUGUAAGUGUUAUUUAAAAAUUGAUUUAAAAUUCAAUCCAAAAUAGUAUAACACUUCCUGUGUUUUAAACUCUGAGUCAAAAUCUGAAACAUUCAGAGUUAUACCGCCAUGACGGAAGUGAUUUUAGAAUGGAUCCCAAGAUACAAUAGAACGAAAAUUUUCUUUGCUUUAGUCUCAGUCAUUCUGUUCCACAGAUAAUUAAGUAGUCUUUGCUGUUGGCGAAAUCAACGAGGACAGGAACUGGGAAGUGAGUCACAAGGGUCGAGAGAUAAUCGUUGCAGUAAUGAUUCACAAUGAUAAUAUUUUCAAGGCCGCAUGGAGUAAGAGGGAUUGGUAUGUUUCGUAGUAAGUCAGCUGUGUUAUGAGACAUAGUAAACGUCAAGUAAAAGUACAGAUGUGUAUUGUCAUUGUGUUGCUGACAGAGUGACAAUGCCUUGCUUAGGAUUUGGAAGUGUAGACGACAGAGAAACAGUAUUAAAUAAUGACGAGGAAUUUUUUAUUUCACCAGAUGCAAGAGCAGUACAAGACACUUCAAGAUGUGUGAAAGCACGUUAUGUUAUGGCUUUGAUGGGCUUCCUGGGGUUUGCCAAUGUUUAUGCAAUGAGAGUGAACCUGUCUGUAGUAAUUGUUGCAAUGGUGAACAAUACUGCAAUUCCAAAAGCAAAUAACUCCGAUAGCACUGAUGUGUGCCCCACGGAGUUCAUGAACCAGACUGUUGUACAGCCAGAGGGAGAAUUUGUAUGGGAUGAAUCUAUCCAAGGUAUAAUUCUUGGUUCAUUCUUUUAUGGGUAUAUCGUGACUCAAGUCCCAGGAGGGCGAUUUGCAGAACUUUAUGGAGGAAAACUGGUAUUUGGUCUUGGUGUUCUUAUCACAGGCAUUCUCACUGCCAUCAGCCCCCUAGCAGCUAAACUGGGGACAUCUUUCUUUAUUGUAAUCCGGGUCUUAGAAGGACUUGCUGAGGGUGUUACAUUUCCCUCCAUGCAUGUGAUGUUGGCUCAAUGGAUACCUCCAUUGGAGAGGAGUAAGUUUUCUUCGUAUGUGUAUGCAGGUGCAAAUUUUGGAACAAUAAUAUCGAUGCCUCUGUCAGGUUAUUUAUGUUCUCUGAAGUUCCUGGGAGGCUGGCCACUCUCAUUUUAUAUAUUUGGAGGUCUUGGAGUUGUUUGGUUUGUGGCAUGGCUUUUCUUAGUUUACGAUUCGCCAGCUUCACAUCCACAUAUCUCAGUGCAAGAGAAGAGCUACAUAAUUUCACAAGUUGGAGAUAAUCAUUUGGGUGGAGACAGAAGUGUACCAUGGAAGUCAAUCUUGACGUCUGCUCCUAUGUGGGCCAUACUGGUGACUCAGUGUGGUAUGUCUUGGUUGUUUUAUACACAACUAACAGAGUUGCCAACAUAUAUGAAGAAUAUUUUACAAUUUGAUAUUACCCAAAAUAGCAUGUUAUCUACAUUACCAUAUUUAACAAGCUGGUUGUUUGGAAUAGGAUUCAGCCAUAUUGCUGACUGGCUGAUCGCAAAGGGCUUUUUUUCUGUCCUCAAUUCCUACAAAGUGUUCAAUUCUCUUGGUGCAGUAGUACCGGCUCUUGGUCUGGUGGCAGUAGCUUGGGUUGGCUGCGACCGCCUGGCCAUCUUGCUUUUACUGGCUAUUUCAGGAGGGUUUGGUGGUGCUGUUUAUGCUGGUAAUCAGAUGAACCAUAUCACACUUAGUCCACAUUAUGCUGGGACGAUGUAUGGCAUCACCAAUGCUGCAUCUAAUGCUUGUGGAUUUCUUGCUCCGUAUGCAAUUGGCUUGCUAAUCAAAGGAAAUGAUACCUUAAGUCAAUGGCGUAAGGUAUUCUACAUAGCGGCAGCAGUGAGCAUUGUUGGAAAUCUCUUCUACAUUGUAUUUGCUUCAGCAACAGAGCAGUCUUGGAGCAUGGAAGUUACAAAGAAAAUUAAAGAAGAAAAGGAAAUUAAUAGAGCACGUUCCAUUCAAUAACCAUAACGUAGAAUAUAAAAAAAUUAUUUUAUGGAUUUUAUAUAUUAGUAUAGUAUAUAGUCAUUUCUGUGAUAUUGUGCUAAAUGUCUGCUGGUUUUGUAGUGAAUUGUAUUUAUAUAUUAGCAGUGCCUUAUAUUCUACAAAUUAUGAACUUUGAGAAUUCAUUACCAUUCCUCGGAGUGAUACGGAUGUGUUCAAAAUAUCCAUUUUAUUAAUUUGGCCAAGGAGAAAUGGUACGUAGAGGCUUUUUAGUCUGUAAGAUAUGAAAGAGCAUAGGAAUUAUCACAUUGUCAAGCCGGAUGUAAACAUUUCAGAUAUCUGUUUUGUAUAUUUAUUUAGUCAGUCUAUUCCUAUACUUCGUCCUCAGAUUUAUCAUGUAUACCUGCAGUGGAAUCCCAAUUUAAUGCAUUUAGGGAAAAUAUGAAUUUAACCUUUAAAUGCUGAUCAUUUUACAUUAAAUUUUGUUUAAUGUAAAAGACCGAUUUGUUACAGUAUUGUAAAUCAUAGCUUUACAUGGCGCUGUACUUUAAGAAUAUGUCCUUUGAAACUUUCUGCAGCAUUUCAUCAAUGAAGACUGCUGUAUAAAUGUAUCGUAUAUGAAUAAUUUCUGUUCAACAGUAUAUUUAAUUUUUGAACUCUGUAUUUCACAACACUGCAAACUAUACUUGCACGUAUCUCAACGACAACUAACAAUGAUAAACAUGCAGUGCUAUCUACAUAUGCCGGCAAGCAUCUAGUGACAAAGAUAUGGUUCAGUGGCUGUGAGUGGAUGAACAGUUUUAUAGUUGGCCAGUCUAAGGACAAAUGGAAUUCCCUGUAUAAUUAUUUUAACUGUAACUACAAAAUACCCAUGUGUGAUCACAGGAAAUUGCUCUCACAUCCUACAUUAUGUACGUUAUUCAAAAAUUUCUAAUGUCAUUAAUCACUGUAUAUUAAGCCCUCCCCACGAUGAUUACCCUUGCAAACAUGUUUGAGCAUUGCAUUAGUCCACCUCUUAUUAACAGUCAUUAUUAAGUCUAAUCCGUUUAUGAUUUCCCUUUGCUUCACCGCCUCAAAGGCUUUUAUCAGCAAGUCUGCAAUCAUUUGAUACUCGGACAACAUUUUACAUCUACUUUAAUACACUGGCUUGACCUGUCAUUUGAUAAUCUUGAUGCAUUUCUGGUGAUCCUGAAAUGUCCGCAUUGGUAUCUUGACCACUUGAUUUAAGUCCCUCGUCAGUCUUUUAAUCCAUGUAGCAUCUUUCAAUUUUAUGCAAGUUUUAAUAGGUUGACCUAAGUUGACUUUGUCAGCAAAUCUAUUAAUUUACCAUACUGAACUUAACUGUAACUCUACGUACUACUGGAAUCCGAUAAUAUAACAUUGCUCUUGAAGUUCUACGUUAUGUAUACCUGACAGUUUAACCCCAUUUAAUAUCCAUGAGUUCUGUGCCUGUUUGUGAGUGAAUGAAGUCCCCAGUAUUGUCAUGUGUGGUCUGUCCUGUUGCAUUCAUUUGUUUGAUGAAGUUGCAAUUGAACACUAAUUUAGUUGUUAUUAUUGUUAUAUUUGCUCACUUUUAACUGCUAGUUCAAAUUGUUGAUUUUCUCAUGUUGUAACAUUCCAUCCCUGAAGGUUUUUGUUAGCGUUUACUUAUGAACAUUGUAAGAACUUUGAACUUCAUAUAUCUGGCUUUAAUUCACAUUCCUAAAAAUAUCUGUAGAAGCAUUAAGCAUCUAAGUCCCCUCUAUACUAAUAACGUGGACUGUUGGCCGCAUUGUAUGGUACAGUAGCUACCCAGGGAGCGUGACUCCUAUACCAUCCAAAAGGCUGUGUAGUGUGCCUGUUAAAGAACAGUUUAGGGAUUAUAUUGAGAUUUCACUGCUACUAAUUAUCUGUGAAUGUGUAUAUUAAUUUAGGUGACGAAGCUUAUACGAUGAGUGUGUAUGUAUUCAUAUGGUUUAUGAAAAUGUGUUAAGAAUUGUUACGUACAAUAUUUUAAAUUUUGUGAUAUAUGUAUAUGUUUUUACAAGGUGUUCACAUAUGAAUGACAUGGAAUUUUAACCCUUGUGUUGCCAAAUGCUAAUGGGAAGAGCGCACAUUUUUGUUACCAGAAAUAUCAACUUUUGCAGGUUUUAUACCUUGGCUUCUGUAAUAUAGCAUUCCUCAUGCCCUUCUUUUACACAGAAAUCCCUUUUCCAAACUGCUAUAUAAUCCAUAUGUACCACUGUGGUGUCAUGUAGGUGGUAGCCAAGUGUACCCUUUUGUAGGACUCAGCAAAGUUUUUGAUGUAACAAGUUAUUGUAGCACAAGCUUAAAGAAGUACAGAUAACUGUAGUGGUGGUACCUGAAGGGACUGUGAGGAGGAGACAAGAGUUUAGAGAUUAUUUUCCAGGUGUGUUCUUUGCAAUUUUUCAUACUUCAUUGGCCAUGACACUAAUUUACUGCAGGUACAUAUAUAUCGUCUGAGCCGAGUACCUCUUGCAGUAUAAUGACUGGCUUCAGACUGGUUAAGUGGGUUUUGAUCCCCAACAGAGGCAAAGGAUUUCCUUCUAGCCUCUGCAUUCAGACUGGAUCUGGGACCCACCUAAUGGAUACCAGAGUCCUUUCCUGGGGGUAAAGUGUGGUCGGGGUGUGCUGCUGACCGCUCACACGCUUCUAUUGCCGAGGUUGAGAAUGAGUAGUAGCUAUACCCCCUCUCCCAGAAGUGCCAACAUGUAAAGCAUGUAUAAAGGAAAUAUUUAGAAUAAAGCCAAAAUAUAUAAUUCCUUUCCGUAUAGACGUAUUUACGUCAAAUUCUCCGGAACUGUGGUUCCACUGACUACUUUUUAUUUGGCUUUUCUCACGUUUAACUAUUUGAGUGUCAACUAUUUCUAUUUUAUUCAUUUUCUCUCUUGGUUGGUCCAUUACAGGAGCCUGAUUUUUAUAAUUGGUUAUGGAGUGUUGUCUUUUUUAUGUCCCAUGAUUGGAUGGUGUGAUCUUCUUAUAUUCCAGGACUUUCACUUUUUUGCUUUGUCUGGAGAUAGGGUUUAGCUCUAUUUAUUGGGCCCAACAGAGUGGGUACCUGAACACGGAGAUAGAGACCCAUCUCUGAAAUGUCAUUUUCUAUUUUAUUAUUUUACUAGAUGAUUGAAAAUAUCUAAGGAAAUUUUUAUUCCAAUAACUCAACCAUCGUCAUGGACUUUUAGAUUUGAUUUACAUAUAUGGGCCUAAAUAAAUUCCAUUUUACUGGGACCAGGAAGUGUCUAAUAUUCGGACAUCUUCAUUACAAGGAGAUUUGUAAGAAAGAAUUUUUGAUACAUUUAAGUGACCAUUUCAUUGUGCGAGAGAUUUCAUAAAAUAGAUAUUUUCACACCAAAUCUGACCCAACUUUAUUGGAUUAUAUUCAGUACAUGAGGGCACCACUUUGUCAUGGAAUGUCAUCAGAAAUAUAUUAUUGUUGGGUUUUGUAAUUCUUGCAUUCUACUUAUGGAUGUAGGUAUGAGUCUUAUUAUAACCUAAACUUGAAAUGUGGGCCUUUGCAAACCAUAUUUUGGUAAAUACCCAAAAUGGGUGCCCACCCUUCGAUUCUCCAAAAUUGCACUAAAACUUUAAAAUAUUGGUGAACAUCAUUUGCUGCUUGUUAUGUUUUCAUUCCAUCUGAUGGUAUGGACUUGAACUAAGUGAUGCCCACAAACCAGAAGUCCUAUAUUUAAAAUUGUGAACAAGAAAAGUACAGUGGGUUAUCCAAUUGCAUUCUGCAUUGGCUAUAUUGCUUCUAAACUGGUACUGUAGAGCAUAGACAGUGUAUUAAAAGAAAGUAACCACACAGUUUUGCCCACUUUCAUGUCUCAGAAGUCACGUGUUCCAUUAUGAGAAAAAAAUGUGGUCGUAUUUGUUUUCCUGUGUUGCACACUAAUAUGAAUAGUGUUGUCAGUUUUGAUAAUUAACUUCUAGGUUUCAGAGAUUAAUACUUAGUCUUCGAAGUCUGUGUCUGCCACUUUUUCUUGAUCUUGCUUGUUCAGUAUUUUAUUAGAAUUAAGUUGUCAUUCUGAAACUUCAUGUGAUUUAUAAAUGGUAAAAUAAAUGCUGUGAUAAUUUCCUUUGCUCCACAUGUAUAUGUGUAAUUUCUCUCUAUAUUAAACACUUUUUUUCAAAAUAAAUUGUCCUUUUUACUUCCAUGGACUUGCCACACCACUGUAGUCACUGGUGGCUCUCCUGCAUAGAUGAAUUUUUAGAACAUAUUUCAAUAACUGAUGCCUCUGAAGACAGAAAACCUCUGUAUUAAAAAAACAUGUUAAGUAAAGAAAUAUUUUAUUUUAAAUGUACUUAAAUGUCCUUCGUCAGGUUGUGAAUAUCAUCAUAUAAGCAGGCGUGUUUAGACGAUGGAAGAUUAUUGUAAUUGCAUGAGAAGCAAUGAUGUUCAGUCAGCUACAACAUAAAUAGUUGCUGUUAUGAAAUGUAAGACAUUUCACUAUAUAUAUUCUUUUACAGAUCUGUUUCUUGCAUCACAGUUUGUUAGCUUUAUAUACUGGUACAGUACUGUAGCUUUCUGAAGAGUUGAGUUCUGUCCUUGAUCAAUAGAGGAAAAUAGCCUGAUAACGUAACAGGUAGUUAGUCUGAUACAUUCCAGUUCAAAAUAAACUCUGCUAAAUCAGUGUUAUGUCUUUAAUAAGGUAAGGCUCUAUGUUACUGUGUAGACAGUGUUCACGUUUUUGACAAGGUCUUUACAUUACUCUUUCCAACACUUGUAGAAGUCAGAUUGCAUCCAGCAAGGUGGAGCUCAGUUCCAUCAGUAGACGUGUAAACCAUAGAUUUCUAUUUCAGGUCAGAGAUUGUGAAAUCUUCUGCAGUAAAACUUCAUGUGUAUAUGUAAUCAUUUGAAACACACUGCUUCAAUGAAACUUUGUGUGAUAGUUUUACAAUAUGGCUACUUUAAACCACAGUUUUUUGUCCAUUUUAAUUCUCUUAUGUUUAUAAAGCUUCAGAGGUAAUUUUGAAAUUUUUUAUAAAGCUAGUAAAUCAACACUGAUGAGGGCAAUGACAAAGUUACUUUUCAUUUCUUCUUGUCCACCUCCCCCUCCUCCCUUAAUAUGUGUUGAAGGGAAACCAUGUAGAGGUUGAGGAAAUGGUUGUAAUUAACACCUUUAAGAUUGUGGAAGAUGGUGAUCCAGUGCCAUCACCAAGAUCCACAGUAAUCUUAAAUAUGGUUACUUUUCACAUUAAUUGUAAUAUAAUGAGGACAGGUUAUAGCUACACUUGAGAAUCAGUGAUGUGAUUUAUAUCAAAACAAAAGUAUAUUGGAUAUAUGUGAAGCCACUGAAUAUUUAUUUUGCUUUGAGAAAUGAAGGUUUAAUUAGUUUGUUGUCAAUUUAAUUAUGAUGUGUGAUAUUUGUUAUGGAACAUUCAUAUUCUUGGGCAUUUUCCUUCAUAUAUUAGUUUAAAAAAUUUAAACAAUUUUAAAAACGUGAGUUUUGGAAGCAGCAUCUACUUCUGUCAUGUGAAACCUUACAGCCCAGUCCACUGGAAACGGCUUAUCUCAAUCCCUGAAACGUAGUGUGUUUUUUUUUUUUUUAAAUUAGUAGAUGAAUGAAAAUUUCAAAGAAUGUGACUCAGUUUAAGAAGGAAAGUGUUUGAAAUGUGCCAAGUACAUGCAGACUUUAUAGUUGUAAUAUUUCUGGUAUAGAAAUUAAAUAAUUGUAUAUUCUAUUUGUCUUUAAAACUGUAUUGUUGUGCUGUGAUAUUUUACUCCUGUUCAUUGUGGCAUAAUAUAAUGUAGCAACAAU